AUGUACUUUAUUGGCUCAGCAAUUAAGAGCACUGGCUGCUUUUCCAGAGAACCUUCGUUCAAUUCGAAGCACCCAUAUGGCAGCUCACAGCUGUCUGUAACUCCAGUUCCAGGAGGUCUGACGCCCUCUUCUGGCCUCUGUGGCCACUAGAUUGUGGCACAGUUGGAAUCUGGGCUCCUCCAACGGCAUACCAUGGAUGCAAGUGGAGGAAAGGAAAGAAUAAAAUGGACAACCACCAUUAUUAUCAGCUCAUCUCUUAAGACUUGCGAAAUUGCAACUGCCCUAGAGACUCGAAGCCACAAGGUUCGGUAUUCAGAUACAUUGGAAAGAGGAUCGAUGGUAUUCUCUCUCUCUGGAGCUGCAUUUUUAUUGAUGGAUGCUAAAGAAUGUCUGAUGUCAGCUGAGGAAAUAUUUCUAACCAAAAUUGACAAGUUCAUUAGCAUUCACCAGAAUAGUUUUUUGGUUCUGUUUGCCCCACUCCAUGGGCCUGAAGAAUGGAAUCUCAUGUUCAGAAUUCAGCAGAGAUUCUUGGGCAGUAACUUACGAAUACUUCCUGUACACAACACAGUAAAUGCUGUUGACCUUAUGUGCACUAUUGCUAAGACUACCUCCAAACCAACCAUAGACAGUAUCUGCUAUAGAAUGAUAACAACCAAAGCUUACAUCAUAGAGCAAAGCCCUGUUUGGAGGACACUCCAAAAGAUAAAACUCAGUACUGAUUCAGUUAGUCCAAAUUCAGAGUGUUGAUCAUAAGUGUUCUUUUAGAAAACUAUCAAAAUAAUUAAACUUAUUAAAUUAUAAUGUCCAAAUGUCUAUUUAAGGGCAUUUAUAUUUAAAAUAAAAUGUAUACAUUUAAACAUGAUUUUAUUUUGGGAGUUUGGUUUUGAUUCCUUUAAUGUUUUGGAGUAUAGCUGCGUGGGACAGUGCUACCCUGGCAUAUAUAGGCCCAUGUUAUAAACACCAUGGAAAAACAAAGAGAAAAUACUUGGUGCAUACAGUAAAACUCAUAGUUUCUCUCUCUCUCUCUUUUUUUUUGUUUGUUUUGUUUUUUUUAAGACAGUUUCUCUGUAAUAGCCCUGGCUGUCCUGGAACUCACUCUGUAGACAAGGCUGGCCUCAAACUCACCGAGAUCUACCUGCCUCUGCCUCCUGAGUGCUAGGAUUAAAGGUGUGCGCCACCACCACCUGGCCUAAACUCAUAGUUUCUUAAUGAUACCAAGUUGGAUGCUCAAAUCUAGUAAGAAAUGGAAGCACAGAAUUGACUAGUUGGACUAAAGGAAAAGCCGUGUACAUUUGGGUUUUCUUUCUUUUUUUUUUUUUUUUUUGGUUUUUCGAGACAGGGUCUCUCUGUGUAGCUUUGCGCCUUUCCUGGAACUCACUUGGUAGUCCAGGCUGGCCUCGAACUCACAGAGAUCCGCCUGGCUCUGCCUCCCGAGUGCUGGGAUUAAAGGCGUGCGCCACCACCACCUGGCCACAUUUGGGUUUUCUAAUCUCUGCAGGCACUUUCAUAUUUAGCUGCUGGAGAUACCUUUUUAAGUCUCUUGAGACAGGAUUUCACGUGAUAACGCUGGUUUUUAAUUCUCCUGCCUCUACCUCCCAAUGCACUACAGGCACCGGGUAUUUUGUAAGCUUGCUUCUAAGGCAUGAAAAGGGAGGAAAGUUAAAGAAACCAGUCAGCUGUUCUGAAGUCAAAAUGUCUACAUUUCCAGUGGUGUGGUGUCCAGCUCGACAGUAGGCGCUCCAGUGUUAAAAAGCACCCAAAAAGCAGAAAGUGUAUCUGGUUUUUUUAAAAUAUAAAUUCACAAGUAUGUGGAUGAAUACAGCAUUUUGACUACAUUUUUUGAUGUUAUAAAACAAAUUACUUUGUAUUGGAUCUUCUAAAGUAGUACUUUUUUUAAAAAAAUUAUUUUAUGUGUAUGGAUGUUUUGCCUGCAUGCAUGUAUGUAUACAACAUAGGUGCCUGGUGCCCAUGGAGGUCACAUCCUCUGCAUCUGGAGUUAUAGACAGUUGAGAGCCUCCAUGUGGGUGCUG